CCUUUCAAAUGUUUCAUUGUUAUCCCAAGAUUUUUACAGUACGAGUUGUUUACAUUAAUUUGCCGAAAGAUUUUUUUAAUUGAUUUAACAAGGAAUAAGCAAUGAAUUUACUUCCAAAAACCUCUGAAGAGUUUGCUACGAAGGAGUACUGGAACAAGUUCUUUCAGAAGAGAGGAAAACUAGCGUUUGAUUGGUAUGGAGAGUUUCCAGAAUUAUGUGGAGCUUUAUCGAAAUACAUCAAAACUAAGGAUAAAAUCUUGAAUGUAGGAUGUGGUAAUUCAAAGUUGUCAGUUGAUAUGUUCAAAACUGGAUAUAGUACAAUCACUAAUAUUGAUAUAUCGGAAGUUGUUAUCGAGCAAAUGAAGAAAACUCACAGAAAUAUUGGCGAAUGGAUUCAAAUGGAUGCUACAAAAAUGACAUUUGACGAUGAAAGCUAUUCAGUUAUUCUCGAUAAAGGUACACUGGAUGCAAUGAUGAGUGAGGAGUCUGAAUCUGAAAUGGCGUUGAAUUAUUUCAAUGAAGUUAAAAGAGUUUUAAAGAAUGGUGGACGAUUUGUGAUAAUUUCGUUGCUUCAAUCUCACAUCCUAGAAACUUUACUCAGCUACUUUCCGUCAAACAACUUUCUAUUCAGAAUAGUCAGAUGUUUAGAAGCUGAGCAGAAGACAUCUGAAACAAAUGAAGAUAAAUCAUCAAUGCCAGUUUUUGUGAUUGUUGCUACUAAGUUUAUGAAGUUGCCAAGUCCAAUUUAUGAAAUGUCAGGUGAUGGAGAAAGUAUAGAACGAAUGUCUGACUCAAAAGAAUUAACUGAAAGCGUAUUAACCAUUCAACGAACAUCCAUGAUAAGGAAUGGAUUAAUAAAAAAGAAUGCUUAUGAAGAUGAAAUUAAAUUUGAUUUAUUCAGACCAAAUGAAAAGACUCCACGCUUCACAUUAUACAUAUUAGACCAAAAAUCAUCAAGAAAUUUGAAAGAUUAUGCUGCAUUUAUAGUCCCUCAAGGUCGUGAAACUGAAUGGCUAUUUUCAACAAAACAAGGAAGACGGAAACUUCUUGAAUCAGCACAGCAUUUAAGAUUAGCGAUUGUUAUUCUUCAUCGCAAUCAAACUUACACAUCACUAGAUGAUGUUAAGAUAGAAAUUAAUGAAGCUGUAAAAUCAUUCGCUCCAAAAGAUGUUAGAGAUAUGAGUAAAAUUCCGUUUUUAUCGCUAGGUAGUGAUGUUGGAUCAAGAGAAAUUGUCUUUAAAGGAACAAGUAGCUUUUCUGGAGAUUUUGUCGUUGAAGAUGUUCAGAGUGAAAAAAUGCUUUACAGACGUCUCAUAUUCCUUAGUAAUCAGUCUGUCAUUCAGUCGGAAGCUUUAUUAAAAGUUGGAAAGAAGACGAUCGAUUAUAGCUAUCUAUCAUGUCAGCAUCACAUGUACAUGAUUCUUGGAAUGUUAAUAGCUCAGAAUGAAAAAGAUUUAAGGAACUUUGUUGUUGGUCUUGGCGGUGGUGGAUUGUUGAUGUAUAUCUAUCAAUAUUUUCAAGAAUUAAACGUCGAUGUCUGCGAAAUUGAUCCUGACAUUGUAAGAGUAGCAAAAGAACACUUUGGACUUGUAGAUGACAAUAAUCGAUUAAAAGUAAUUGUUGAUGACGGUUUAAAAGUAAUUGAGCAUUUCGAUGACACAAAAUUCAAUUCGAUUUUGUUUGAUAUUGACAGUAAAGAUCAAAGCUUAGGCAUAAGUUGUCCACCAAAAGAAUUUUUAGAUAUCGGAAUUUUAAGUGCUGUAAGAAAGUCGUUAUCAGCAGGUGGAAUAUUUAUUUUAAACUUUGUGUGUCGAGAUGUAUCGUUAAGAGACGGCGUUGUAAACGAUUUGAAAGCAAUAUUUCCGUACAUAAUAAGCUAUAAAUUGGAAGAAGAUGUGAAUGAAAUAUUUUACUGCUUUAAGGAAAACGUUAAGGACAUCAAUGAAAAGUUUAUAAAAGCUGCAAAAAAAUUGAAUUCGUUCAAGAAAAAUUCUGUUGAUCUGUAUGAGCUUUUAGAGGGAUUGAAUAUACAUGCAUAAAGAAAACGAAAACUAACAAGAUACCUUGUUGUAUGCAUAUCCAUCCAUAAAAAUCUUUUUUUAAAUUUCACUUUCACGCCUCUUAUGGUUGAUUGAUGUACAUAUUGAAGAGUUUUACGUUUAAAAUAAUAAAAAUUAAUUGAAAGUCUCUUGCAAAGAUCAGAUUUCAACAAAACUUCAGGCUUUGGUUUUAAUUUACGAAUCAAUAGAUAACAUCCUAUCGAAGAUUGUCAUAACUAAAGUAAAAGCCCAAUAAAGCCUUUACGAAAGCCCAACAUUCAUGAUUGAUAGCCAAGCCGAAUCGGAAUUGCAGCUUAAAAAUUGUUUGGUUGGGGACGGAAAGUGCCAAUGCAGUGACGAUGAAAUUCGUUGAUCUCCUGUUGAGUAGACUAAAUGGUAGCGCUUCUGGCAAGGUCUGCAACACCCUUAAUGAGAGAUGCAUCACAGCAUUUAAUGUAACCCGGUGUAUGUGCAAAUUUCCCCGAAGUCCCCAUAAAACGAAAAUCACGGGUUUCCAAAACCACCACUUGAAAAUGUAUGUGGUGUUUCUGGAAAACAGUGUAUUUCAUAAACACCACUUAUAUUUCCAAGUGGUGGAUAAAAUCACACGUGUGUUUUUAUUCACAACGUACAAUUACAAGUGGAGUUUUGUCUAUGGGCGUUUUGGAGAUCAGUGUAAUAUUUUUUAAAGUUUAAAAAAUUGUGAACAAAAUUAGGUUUUAUUCUCAUUUUUAAAUGCAAGUUUAAUUUUUUUAUUUGAAUAAAAUAUUUUUCAUGAUUGAAACACAAUUAUAAUAAAAUACUUCAUAAAAAAAGAUUUUUAAAAAACUACGUUUUUCG